UUGAAACCAUAAAAAAAAACAUCCAAAAUUUGGAGGUCUUCACAUGGGGAAUGAUCACAGCAAAACUGCAGCAUCCGAACUUCCAGAAGAAAUCAUUCAGCACAUACAAUCUCUUAUUAUAAGUGAAAGAGAUGGUGAUGAAAGAGAUGCUGCUCGAACCUCUCUCCUAUCCAAGUCCUGGCACGGCGCGUGGACCACGCACCCCAACCUCAGUUUCGAUCAAAGCAUGUUCUGGAAUCGCAUGGAUGAGUUUCCCAUAUUCACGAAGAAGACUAUCCAGAGGUAUGAAGAUUUGAUCCCAAACAUUAAGAGUUUCAAGCUAUGGAUGUCUAUGAAAGGUAACGACUAUCCUGAUCUGGCUAGAGAAUUGAUUUUGAAAGCGAUCAAAUUGGGGGCUACUGAUCUCACCAUUCAAAUUUCAUUAGCCGGGGUGAUGACUCGUUCGCGUUUUGUUCUGCCAGAUGAGGUGCUUCAAUCCGAAACCCUAGCUAGAUUAUUUCUUCUAUUGGGUCAGGUUGAUCACCAAAAGUGGUGCAAAGAGGUAAUCCUUCCCAAUCUCAAAUCCCUUCAUCUAUGUUACACGACUAUAUAUGGUGAUGGUGAUUUAAUUAGGGAUUUGAUUUUGGGAUGCCCAUCCAUUGAGGAAUUAACACUGAUAGAUCUCAAGAGUUCGUCUCCCUUUCCUUUUGAUGCGAUGAUCAAACUGCAUAAGCUCAAGUAUUUGAAAUUGGAGCGUUUGGACUUCAAUGAUAGCUUAUGUAAACAUGACUUGUGGCCUCAACUCCCUUGCCUCAAAGAAUUGGUGAUUGACGAUGACAAGUCUGACUACAAGUGGGACGAUCUAAGAAUUUGCAGUCCAUCUCUUGAGCGCAUAACCAUAAUCAUAGAUAGAUUUAAAGCCGUGAUGAAUGCGGAGUUUGAUGUUCCAAAUAUUCGAUACUUUAAGUUCAAGGGUCACUAUGUUCCGAGCCUCAAGUUCAAAACAACAACUACUAGGGAAUGGGAGUCGGAGAUACACGUACGUUUCUCGCCCUACAUGCCCAGUGCUGCGUGGUUGUCUUCGUUGAAGCAGCUUGUGAAAAUGUUGAGCCCAUCCCGAGUUUCUCUCACCAUGCACAUAACUGCUACGCACGAUGAUGGAGAUGGAUACGUGGGAGAUGGUUUAGCUGUACCUGUAGUGGAGAAUUUGACGAUACAGGGUUUUGGAUUAAACGGAGCUUUUCUGGAUGCUUUACUUUGGACUUGUCGCCCCAACUUCAUAAACACUGAAAAACGUUAUGCAGAGAUGGUACUGGAUUUGAAAGUAUUCGAGUUGAAGAAGAAGACAGUGUUAGAUCCUUGUAGGGAGACAAUGUAUAUAUGGGGCAAGAAGAGAAACAGUAGCCGUCCAAAAUUUGAAACCAUCUCAAAAAUCAUUGAAUAUUUGCAGGCCUUCCUCCCAUGGAGAUCCUUGUAGGAAAUUUUCUUAACCUCGAUCUGUUUUUAUGUUAGCUAGACUCUAUUGAUUUCUUUGGUAA